GUUCAUUUUUUCAAAAAUAAGCUCGCGCUAUAAACGAGAUUCUAUUGCGAUUUCGCACAUACGUCACGGAUUUUUAAAUAUUUAAAAAUGUUACGUGAUUGGUUAAAAUUUUACAAGCGUGAAUAUGAAUGGCGACGUAAAAAUUCACGGAACGCGACGCAAUUCGAUAAGAAUCCUGCGUAUUUCGUCGUAUUUUAAUAAUUAUUUGGCAUGAUGGAUGAUACAGGAAAACCUCAUCAACGUUAGGAAGACAGCAAAUACAAAAUUGUAGGAUGUACAGUAUACGUAACAGAGAAAUAUUACGUUUUAGCUACAUCUGUGACGCAAAAAAUUUAAUCAAUCAAUUUCAAACUUUGCUCAUAAUUAAAAUAGUCAAUAAAAUGAUUUAAAUGUUUACCAAAAAUUCUUUUGGCUUUACCAGAUUGUAAGGCAUAUUCAUAAAUAAUUUUUAUGUAUACUAAUUUAUAAAUACUGCUACACUUAUAAACAGAAUAUGUAGUUUAUAUUUAGGAAACGAUUGAAGGUGGCAAAGAAGCCUGGAUAUGUGUUUUAUAAAAUAAACAAAUACUGUACUAUAUCAUCUAAAGAAGCUGCUAACUACGUACUGUACACGUUAUGUUUUUAUAAAGCAAUACCGGUUAUUAUAUAGUGAUACUGAAUUUUAAUUAUCAUCAUUGUUUAUUGUUCGGGCUAAGAUAAAAACUGAAACGUGGAUGCUAGAUGUUAAUGACAUUACAGUGAUAUGAACCGUGAAAACAAUAUCCUAAAAUUUAGGUACAUUCAUUCGAAAAUGUUUUGUUGGAGAUGUAAAUUUAGAUAGUAAUUGUAAGUUAUAAGAUACAAAUGAUUUGAAAGGUAUGCACAUAAUACAGAACGAUCGAACCUGAUGUUCCUGUGAUAACUGUAACAAUUUGUAUGUGUUCGUAUUAAAGGUAUUGUGUAAAUCAAUACAGAAGUUACAGCUAGAAACAUGAAAUUAAUCAUGCAUCUAACUACAGAGGAGGGUCUCAGAACCAAAGAUUUUAAAUUAAAGGUGUGAGUAGAAUCAAAAUUUCUGAAAUUAAUUUGGUUAGUUUAUUAUAUUUUUGGACCCUUUUACAAUAUGUAUUUUGUUAGUAUUACUAAAUGUAACCAGUAGAGAUCAGGAAGUAUCCAAGAUAAACAUUAUUGUCUAGAAAACAUUGUAUAUGGACAGAGGAAAUACGUCAUCGAAGCGGAAAUGUCGAUAAUAAACAGAGGCAUCGAUAAGUCAAGGUCGCCCCACCCGUUAUCUAUUGUUGCGUCACGCUAACAUUUCAAGACAACUUUAGAAUAGUACGGAAUUGUGGGAUCGAUAAAUUAAGUUAAACUUAAAUGGAGGCCAGGCGAGUCGGAAUAGUGGGAUAUGGUCAUUUGGGAAGAUUUUUGUAUCGUUCCCUCAGAGAUUCGAACAAUUUUCGAGUCGCUUUCGUAUGGAAUCGAACUCCCUGUGCUCUAGAAGACGUAGACGCGAACUUAGUAUUGAGAGAACUCUCUGAUUUCCACAGCCGACCGGCCGACGUCAUAGUGGAAGUUGCCCAUCCGGAUAUUACAGCAAAACACGGAAGUGACUUCGUAGCCGUUUCCGAUUACGUCAUCGGCUCUCCCACCGCUCUGGCAGAUCCGGAAGUGGAGAGCCGCCUUCGCGCAGCUGCCAUACAACACGGAGUGUACGUUCCCAGUGGUGCCCUCUGGGGAGGAGAAGAUUUACAAAAACUGGCGGAAACUAAUAUGCUAGAAUUUGCCAAAAUUACAAUGAGGAAGCAUCCUUCUAGCAUAAAAUUAACGGGGGAGAUGAAAAAAAGAAACGAAGCGGUCGUCGAUCGGCCUGUUAUAUUGUACGAAGGACCGGUGCGUAAGAUUUGCAAAAUGGCUCCCAACAAUACUAAUACCAUGGCCACCGCCGCAAUAGCCGCUCAUAAUUUGGGUAUGGACGGGGUGAUGGGGUGUUUAGUGGCAGAUCCCUCGUUGGAAAAGCAUCACGUGGUCGAAGUAGAAGCUCGAGGACCACUCGUCGACGGAGAACGAUUUACAGUGCAUACUAUACGAAAGAAUCCCGCAACACGCGGUGCAGUCACGGGUAUGGCCACUUACAAUGCAUUUUUGGCAAGCCUUCAUAGAGCCACGGGCAAAGGACCGGGUAUCCAUUUGUGUUAGCAUAAAUUAAUACAAGUGAAUAUGAGAUUUAGCAUGGAUUCGUGUACAUUGCUAUCUUUUAAAAAGAAACAAAUUUCUGAAUUUGUAACUGAUUCAAGUGAUUAAAUAGAGUUGCAAAAGGU